CCAACAGCGUUUUGGGGCAUCACGUCUGUGUCCCACAGACAGUAACUGAUGGCGUUCCAAUUCGACUUUAAUCUUGAGGAAGUUUCGGACAGCAUUAGCACCCCCAGCGGGCAGCCUAUCCACUGUGCUACCCAAAUAGAAGACAGCAUGAAUCUCUUGUCAGAUUCAAACACCGGACAAUAUUGCGAACUUCUGCUUAAGGAUUUGCUUUCCCAGAUCCCCGAAACAAUUUCCUACACCCCUCUUCAACUUCAUACGAAUCCUCCAAUCAUCAUUCCGCGUAGAGAUUUAUUCGAUGUCAGAUUCCAAUUGAUAUCUCAAACUGAUCCCGACUCUUUGGAGGAUUCGAUAGAACCGGACCCAAGGUUGGCAUACAUAGAAGCGCCCUCGGAUCUUAUGCCGGGUGCAUAUGAAGGUGGCUUGAAGACAUGGGAGUGCAGCCUUGAUCUGGCCAGUUAUCUUGCAGAUAGCCGGCCCUUUGGCGCAUGGACAGAAUCACACAAGAUCCUUGAGAUCGGAUGUGGAACUGCUGUACCCACCAUGUUCCUCUUCCUCGAUCUUCUGAAUUCUCGCUACUCUUCAGGCUGCUCAAGCUUCGCGGAGGUGCAUUUUCAUCUUCAGGAUUAUAACUCCUUCACAAUGCAGUUAGUCACCGUUCCCAAUUUACUCCUUGUUUGGUACUUGUCUGAUGCAUCAGAAGCUUUUCGAAAGCUAAACCAUGCUGCCCAAAGAGCCGAAUCCAGCAGAUCUGAUUCUGGAGUGGACGAGUGCCCCGAGGAGCAACUGGAAAUCGAAAUAACGCCCAACUUAGUUGAUGCUUUCCUCAACACGCUCCGAAUAUUUAAUGUGUCCAUCCGACUAUUUGCAGGAUCUUGGGAAGCUCUUUGCAUUGCUCCUGGCAGUCCGUUGGUGGAUGCGAGUCCGUACACCAUCGUGCUCACAUCAGAGACAGUGUACAGAAUCGAUAGCCUGGACUCACUUCUCCGCGUCCUUCAGAUGUCGUCAUCCACCGCUAAGCCGUCAAAAGAUGUUAAGGUGCCAGACACUCUCUGUUUGGUCGCUGCAAAGAUUGUGUAUUUUGGAGUGGGUGGUGGUGUGAGCGAAUUUGUGCGGAGAGCGAGCGAACUCUCCGUUGCGAAUGCUGACGGAAAUAAAAAGCCGCGAGUGGAGACAGUAUGGGAACAACGAGAAGGCGUUGCCAGAGCCGUAUUGCGACUUCAUUGGGGCUGACGAAUAUUUUCCAUUACCUUUUUGUUGCGUUU